CCGGCCUCAGAUCAAGAACUACCUACAUAGAAGCCCAUCCUAUCAACGUUUCCUCACCAUCAGUCACCAAAGACAUCACCUUACUUAUUAUCCACCAAACCACCACCACCACUAAAAACCAACACAAUGUCUCCCUUCACCAACGCCCUCCUCCUCCUCGCCGCCGCCGCGAGCCAAGCCCUCGCCUACUCGGGCGACAUGACGUACUACACCCCCGGCCUCGGGGCCUGCGGAAAAUACAACUCGGAAGCAGACCACAUCGUGGCGCUGGCGCCCGCGCAGUACGGGCACGACGCGAACCCGAACAACGCCAAGGUGUGCGGGCGCAAGAUCAACAUCCACUACAACGGCAAGACGGCCUCCGCCACCGUCGUCGACAAGUGCCCCUCCUGCGCCUCCGGUUCCAUCGACGUCAGCCCCUCCGUCUUCCAGCAGCUGGCUCCCCUGGCCAAGGGCCGCGUCAAGGUUACCUGGGGAUACUCCGGCAGCAACUCUGUUCGCGUGGAGGAUCUGGGCGCCGGCGAGAUCAGGCUCGAGUUGGUCGAUGAGGUGAAUGAGGAGUAUGCCAACUUUGAGGAUGGCGACGAGAGCGAGUUGUAAAGAUGGAAGGUCGAGAUGUUGGUGAGAGAAGUUAAUUGGCUGAGACGCGAGUUUUAGGGGAAUGGGUGUUUAGAAACGGGACGAGAGGAAGAUUGGUAUACUAA